AUGGUUGCGCUGCGGUCUCUUGUGGCCGCUUUUGCUAGCACAGCCUUGUUAGCCCAGACUGCGAUUGCGCAUUCGUUGAAGAGGAGUCCACUUAGUUACGUCUCCGUCAUUGACGAUAUCAAGAUUCACACGCCUGCCGGCCGAGUGCACUCACAUUCUGAGUUCGACCUUACCUUCUCCCUUCACGAUGGACAAGAGCGAAUCCGGCUAUCUCUUCACCCCAAUCACGAUGUUCUCCACGAGGACUUUGAGGUGACCUAUCUCGACUCUCAGGGAAACGUCAGAUCAAGAGAGAAAGUACAGCGUUCCGAACACAAGGUCUAUCGGGGUAACGCCUACAUUGAGCGCCCUGAUGAGGAUGGCUGGUCCCUGGCUGGAUGGGCGAGGAUAACGGUACACCGCGAUGGCAAGCACCCGGUCUUUGACGGCGCAUUUCGAGCUGAUGGUGACAAUCAUCAUAUCCAUACUGGCACCAAGUACAACAAUCUUAAGCUUGAGAGCGACCCUGCGUUUGAGGACAGGGAAGAACGAGAUCCCGAUGAGGUCAUGGUCGUGUGGCGUGACUCCGAUGUUCAGGACUUCCUCAGUCGUGGAGAGCUGAAACGCCAUGUCUCGAGCCCGUCAGAGUGUAUAUCAGAUUCCUUGAAUUUUAACAACCAAUUUGAUGUGGAGCUAAAGCGAUCAACUGGGCUCCGAGGAAUAGAUGCCAGAAGCUUGUUUGGUCGCCAAUCAAUCGAUGGAGGUUCCGGAGGAAGUGGCCAGGACUUGAUUGCGAGCAUUGGAAGCACAGCUGGCUGCCCAACCACCAAAAAGGUGGCCUUGGUUGGCAUUGCUACUGAUUGUACAUACUGGGGUGGCUUCAACUCUUCUGAAGAUCUGAGGAAGAAUGUCAUAGGAGUUGUGAAUCAAGCCUCCCAGGUCUAUGAGAGUUCGUUCAAGAUCUCUCUGGGUAUAAGAAACCUGACUGUUCUCGAUCGUGGAUGCCCAGGGUCUCCUCAGGCCGCUACUCCUUGGAACGUCGACUGCCAGUCCAACACUACUAUUAGCGAUCGAUUAAAUCUCUUUUCUGCCUGGCGUGGCCGAUCUCUCGAUAACAAUGCUUAUUGGUCUCUGUUCAGCACCUGUCCUACGGAUUCAGCCGUCGGGUUGGCCUGGAGAAGCCAAGUCUGUCGUCAGGGGUCAGGAACCAGUUCGGAUGGGCAAGGCAAUAACGAGACUGUCGCCGGCACCAAUGUUGUGGUGAGAACGACGACAGAGUGGCAGGUAUUUGCCCACGAAUCGGGACACACUUUCGGGGCUGUCCAUGAUUGCACCAGCUCUACUUGUCCUGUUGAUGCCUCUUCACCAUCUUGCUGCCCACUCAGCGCCAACGCUUGCGAUGCCGGGGGCAAAUUCAUCAUGAAUCCUUCAACUGGCGUGGGAAUCACCCAGUUUUCUCCGUGCAGCAUUGGCAAUAUCUGCUCCAGUCUCAAAGCUGCAGCUGCAUCAACCUGUCUGACCGACAACAAGAACAUCCCAACCGUCACCGGCGGCCAGUGUGGUAACGGCAUCGUCGAGGAAGGCGAAGAAUGCGACUGCGGUGGUGAGCAAGGUUGCCAAAACAAUACGUGCUGCGACGCAAAAACAUGCAAGUUUACAAAUAACUCUGUGUGUGACCCGUCCAACGAAGACUGUUGCACCAGCCAAUGCCAGUUUGCGUCCUCUGGAACAGUGUGCCGGCCCAGCACCGGAGAGUGCGACAUCCAGGAGACUUGCCCCGGUAACGCAGCCAAAUGCCCCGACGACCAGCACAAAUCAAAUGGCGAAUCAUGCGGCAGCGGCAAUGGCCUCGCAUGUGCUUCAGGGCAGUGUACGUCUCGUGACAGGCAAUGCCAGGUCGCCGUUGGCACCUCGGCCAACAACAGCUCGACAACAGCUUGCCCUGAUACCCAGAACAGCUGCACAGUUUCCUGCACUUCCGGAGAACUUGCCUUCGGGCAACGCCAGUGCCUCUUGUAUGGUCAGAACUUUAUUGACGGGACUCCGUGCGGCGCCGGCGGACACUGUUCUAACGGCACAUGCACCGGCAGCUCCACGUCCAAGGAGAUCCAGCAAUGGAUCACUGGCCACAAGGAGAUUGUUAUCCCCAUUGCGGUUGUGGUGGGCAUCUUGGUCAUCGUCAUUAUAGCGAGCAUCAUUCUCAGCUGCUGGCGUCGGGUAAAGCGACGGCGAGCAGUUCCCAAGACCUCCUCGCCCCCCGCUGGUGGCGGAUGGCCUCAGUGGAGAGGGAACCAGAACCAAGGGCCUGGGCCGCAGGAUUACAAUAUGACUGAGACGCAGUUUAAUCCACCGCCACCGGCGUAUCAGCAGCCGCCGCCUGAAUAUGGACAGCCUUCGAUUCAGGAGUCGCAGUGGAGGCCGAGAAUGGCACGGUAUGCAUGA